AAAACCAUUAAUCUGACUUUGUGUGUGGAUACUUGUAAAAAUCUCUUUUAAACCUGGUUUAUAUAAAUCAAACGUAUGGUUCAGUUAGAGAAGAAAAAAGAGAGAAAACAAGAGGGAUUCUAUCUACUGUUUCAUUGGAAUGUCCUCUUGGUCUUGUUGUGAAUCUUUCUGAACAUACUAUCAAUGGCAGAUCAUCAAAGAAUCCAUCCAGUUCAGGACCCCGAGGCGGUAGCACCACAGACCCCCACUGCUCCGCUGGUGCCCCGAGGCUCUUCCCUGUCGGAUAAAGGCGAUCCCACGGAACAAUAUCCACCAUUCCGCAGGACUAUCCCGUAUGCACCCUUAAAACCACCACCAAGGAGAAGUUGCUGGAGAAAGUGCUUUUGCUGGACCAUAUUCCUCCUCCUACUACUAAUACUAAUCCUUGGCAUUUUGGCUGCAAUCAUAUACUUCGUAUUCCAACCAAAAAUACCAAAAUACUCAGUAGAUGCCAUGAGAAUAACUGAAUUCAAUCUCGGCAACGAUAACAGCCUUUCUGCGGCGUUUAACGUCAAUAUCACUGCAAGAAAUCCUAACAAAAAGAUAGGUAUAUACUAUGAAGGUGGAAGCCAUCUUAGUGUAUGGUACACUGGAACAAAACUUUGUGAAGGUUCAUUGCCAAAGUUUUACCAGGGCCACCGGAACACCACCUUGUUGAACCUUACCUUGACGGGACAGACACGGGAUGCAAACGGAUUACUUGAGUCGUUGCAGGCGCAACAGCAGACGGGAAAUAUUCCUUUGAGGCUUCGAGCCAAGGUUCCAGUGAGGCUGAAGCUUGGAAAGCUAAAACUGAUGAAAUGGAAGUUCUUGGUGAGAUGCAGGCUGGCGGUAGACACUUUAUCUACAGAUAAUGUAAUUAGAAUUAGAGAGAAUAACUGCAAAUUUAGAUUUAGGCUUUAAAUUUGAUUUAUUCUUCAUGCUAUGCCUCAUCCAGCUUGCAGGAUGUUAUAUUUUUCUUUUUUAUUUCUAUUAUGUAUUAUGAUCACAUGUAUUCUUGUUGCACUUGAAAUAAGUGGAGGACUUCCUCUCCUCCAUUCCAUUACUGGUUAUUGGUUAUGAUAUCUGCUAUAAUAGAUGAUUGUUUAGUUUAA